UACAUCAAUCGGUGUUGCUAGCAUCAUUGAACGAAGGUUGCGCGCCAGAUCAUCUAUUCCCCGCAGGGUGCUGUUUACUGUUCCCGUUCUCAACUCCAGUUCUAUCAUUGAACGACACACGACGGGGCGUUUCCGACUGGAUUCGGAAGAAAGCUCAACCAACCAAACUAGCUCUGGCCACUGGUACGAUAUGAUGGUUCCGUUUCGCCGUAAGAAAACAAACAAGCAAUUUCCAGUCAAAGUUUGUACCUUUGAUUCGGAGCUUGAAUUUCACCUUGAGCACCGUGCAACAGGCAGAUAUUUGUUCGAUCUCAUAUGCCGAACGAUCGGGCUACGUGAAACAUGGUACUUUGGAUUGCAGUUCGAAGAUUUGAAAGGGAAUCUUUCGUGGCUAAAGAUGGAUAAGAAGGUGCAGGAUCAAAGCAUACACAUGACAAACGGCAGUUGUAUGUUCGUGUUCUUAGCCAAGUUUUUUCCCGAAAACGUGGCCGAAGAACUAGUACAGGAAGUAACGCAGCAUCUGUUCUUCCUGCAAAUUAAGCAAGCCAUUCUGUCGAUGGACGUUUACUGCCCUCCGGAGGCAUCCGUACUGCUUGCCUCGUACGCCGUGCAAGCAAAGUACGGCGAUUAUGACGAAGCGGUGUGCAAACCGGGAAUGCUGAUCAGUGAAAAUCUGUUACCGCAACGAGUGAUCGAUCAAUACCAAAUGACACCGCAGAUGUGGGAAGAACGCAUUAAAACGUGGUACGCAGAUCAUCGAGGCAUGUCCAGGGAUGAGGCAGAGAUGGAAUAUCUCAAGAUAGCCCAAGAUCUAGACAUGUUUGGUGUAAACUAUUUUCCCAUUACGAAUAAGAAAAACACCGAAGUGUGGCUUGGAGUGACGGCGUUAGGAUUAAAUAUAUACAACAAGGAAAAUAAGCUUCUACCAGUGACGACCUUCCAAUGGAACGAGAUUUUACACAUCAGCUUCGACGAUCGCAAGUUUGUGGUCAAAACGAACGACAGCAAAAAUCCCAAGCCUGUGAUAUUCUACUCGCAAAAGCUUCGCAUCAACAAACUGAUACUGGAUCUGUGCGUGGGAAAUCACGAUCUCUACAUGAAACGGCGCAAACCAGACACGAUGGAAAUUCAGCAAAUGAAAGCCCAAGCAAAGGAGGAAAAACAGAGAAGACAAGUCGAGCGGAAUAAGCUCACACGCGAAAAGCAGCUGCGUGAAGCGGCCGAGCGAGAAAAGGCUGCAAUGGAACAGAGACUAAUGCAGCUGCAGGAAGAAAUGCGAGCGGCCAACGAAGCAUUGCAUCGAAGUGAGGAGGCAGCAGAAUUGUUGGCGGAAAAGAAUCGGCUUGCCGAGGAGGAGGCAAUGCUGCUGUCGCAUAAGGCACAGGAGGUGGAACAAGAGAUUAACCGGAUGCGUAUGACGGCACGCAAAACGGAAGAGGAAAAAAUGUACCUGGAACGAAAGACACAAGAGGCGGAGAUGCUCACUGCUCACAUGAUGGAGGAAUCACGCAAGCGCGCACUGGAGGCCGAUAAGUUAAAGAACGAGCUCAUCCAUGCACGGGUGGCUGAGAAGGAAGCGAAGGAAAAGUUGCUAAACUUUCUUAGCCGAACGUCCACCGAAUCGAUACUCAUAACACCCUCAUCAUCACCGGAAUCUCCAAUGCAUGAAAUGCAUUCCUACGAUCUGUUGGCCGAUGGUGAUAUGGAGCAGCUCUCUUUAGAAAUUGAAAAAGAACGGGUUGAAUAUUUGGCCAAAUCGAAACAGGUACAGAAUCAGCUGAAGGAGCUACGCUCGGAAAUAGAACAGCUAAAGAUUGGUGAGAAUCAAUGUCCACUGGAUGAUAUCAAUGCCGAGCAGUUGCGGCUAGGUGAGACAAAAUAUUCCACCCUGAAAAAGGUUAAGUCCGGUUCAACAAAAGCACGAGUAGCAUUUUUUGAGGAACUGUAAGUUGUGUUUAAUCUCAUGUAUUACACUUUGUUUUGUUUAGUUUUGAGUUGGUUGAGCGU